GCCAUGGUCUGAGUUACACUACCUUCCAAGUCUCGGAGAUGCAGGUUUCGUCUUCCAGAGUUCACAUCAGCAUAGCAAAUACCGGGCGGAUGGCAGGCGCAGAAGUUGUCCGCCUGUACAUCAGCUACUCGACUACGUCGCCCAAGUCAAGAUUUUCGCGUCCCGUCCGCUCACUUAUGGGAUUCGAGAAAGUCUUCUUGCAGCCAGGAGAGAAAAGAAGAGUCUCAAUUCCCAUCGAUAGAUAUAGCACCGCUGUCUGGGAUGAGAAGAGGAACAGUUGGUGUUGUGAAAGAGGCCGAUAUACUGCUUCAAUUGUUGCCGGAGGUACAAUUCUGGAUGGCUCCUUUGAGCUUGAGAGGGACAUGUUCUGGAAUGGACUGUGAGGAAGUAUGCCCCGUGGUCUGGUGUGAUCGGUCUUAUCCGGAUGUACAGAUACCUGGUAUCCGCUGCUCUAUCUAGACUUCAGACAUAAUCCAUGCAUGACUCCAGCAAGUAGCUAAGGACGU